AUGAAGUUAUCUUUGGAGUUUUUGGGGGUUGGUGUUGUUUGGUUGUUGGGUUGGUCGAGUAAGGUUGGUUUUGCUAGAUAUAUAUUGAAUUCUGAGUCGUUGGAUAAUUGUAUUGUGAGAAGUGAUGGGGAAGUGCUUGCAUUUGCUGCAAUUGAAUAUGAUGCUAAUCCACAAUGCAGACUGGUUGUGGAGAAAGAUAGUGUUUCUCUUUAUGAUAAUGUACAUCCAAUGCUUAUUCCGUGGGUGCGUGAGUGGUCAAAUGUAUUGAGGAAGGCGUCAUCUGGUCUUUCUAGUCAUUAUCUACUUGUUGCCAUGUUAAACCACUGUCCUAUGGUAUCAAGUGCUAGAGAUGACUCUUGUCCUUUUGAUCUUGAAAGAGAGUCUUUAUCAGUAGCAUUGGUUAGAACAAUGGCUUAUCUUAAAAAUGUUCAACUUCAGAUUCAAUACUAUACUAAUAAGCUCAAACCCAUAACUAGUAAAAUUACACAUACUCAAUUUACGCAUCUAUUUAAAGCAAGAAGCCAUGAAGAGUUUGGUGGUCAGAUUGAGAUUCCUUUGGAUGUAUGGACUGUGCGGAAUAUGAUUCGUUAUAUAUUGUAUUUCAGUAAUUCUUUGUGUAACUUUGAAGAUUUGACUGAAAAUGAUAUCAAAGUCGCUGUUAAGGCUUGGAAAAGGAUUAUAGAAAAGCCGGGUAGUACUGAAGAGAUUCUUUGUACAGAAAGACAGCUUAAACACUUCCUUUAUCAUGUGCUAAGAUGCCAGUUAUUAACAUCUGAAUUUCUAAACCUUCCUAAUACGCCCAUAGGAAAGUACUACAAAUUCGAGAUCGAUCGUGACGUGAAGAAAGUAUUGGAAUACCGGGCAAGUUUAAAUAUUCCUGAUAUCAUCAACAAUAUGUCAGCUGAUGCUGCUGCAAGCAAGAUAUACGAUGCUCUAAAUAAUGACUGCUUAUUAAACUGGCAGAGGGCUUGGAAUACACAAGUAAAGAGUCUUCUAAAUCAUUUCUAUAAACUCAACGCGUAUAUGAAUGGCCAGUUUGAUAGAUAUGUAAUUGAGCCGGAUGUAAUUAAAAAGUGGGUUACUAUUCUGGACAUAACGGCAAAACAGAUUGAGUAUAUAUUGCUUGAGUUGGAUAUAUUAAAGGUUAAGCUCACAGAUCUUUCAACUGCAUCAACUAAUCGUUCUACUAGCAUCCACGAGUGUGUGGAGUAUCUAAGCCAAGCUCAGCCACCUACCACCUCAAAUCGAUUGAAGUUAGCAUCUAAACCGCACAGUCCUCACACUGAACACUAA